AUGCAGCAAUUCACGUUUCCACAUUUUAGUGACGAAAUUGAUUUAACGCAACGAUGCGAAAUUCUUUCUUCUUCGUUACAAAGUUUCAUUUGUUCUACUAAAGACCUUGAUACAAAUAAACAAAUUGCAAAUGUAAUAUUAUUUGAAGCUUGGCAACAAAAUUGGACUGAAUUCGAUUAUGAGUAUAGUUUUCCCGCACCUCAUUUGACAACCGGGCUUUAUCUGCAACUAAUUCGCAUUUUAGACCUUGAGAAAGAAUUUGUUAAAACGUUGUAUAUGGUCCCCCGGCAGGUGGUUUCGACAAUUAUUUGCGAAAUAAUUGGCUGCGAUCCAUUAUUUUGCUUAAGAGUUGUGUAUGAUCCUGCAUUAUUUGUGGCAAUUAGUCUCGAUGUUAGUCAAAGAAAAGAUUUGAUUACUCAAUUGAGGCGUUUGGUAAUUGAAAACGCGUCCUCAAUCACUGAUAUUCGAUCGCGUAAUACUAUAAAUGAUGCGAAUGUGGAUUAUAUGUAUUCUUCCCCUCUUUAUCUUGAGAGAUCCCCUCGCCGAAAGGUGAUGAUUUCAAAGUUAUCAAAUAAUGCAAAUUUUACAAAUCUUAUUGAAGAUUUGCAAAUCAGUAGUAACCAUCUUAAGAUGGAGGAUAAAGAAUAUUUUAUGGAUUUGUUAAUUAUUUUCGAUCACCUUUCCUUUGUUGCAUGGUCAGAACAUGAACACAAAAAUAAUUUCAAGAUUUCAAAAGAAUUGAUUAUUCGCAAGACUGUUCUUAAACUAAAAGAUUCAGGCAAAUAUGAAUACAUAGUUAUUAAUAUAUUUUGCAUGCAUAAUAUUUCUAAAAUCGAAGAUAAUGACACUAUGUCAAAUUUACUGAGAUUUGCAAAUGAUAUAAUUCUGAAAUUGCAACAACUUUCUAAUUUAACGUCACGAUCAGAGCGUAUAUCGAAACGCUUACAAGAAGAUAAAAUUGGAUACUUAAAGGCUAUAAAUCGAAUUAAAGCCCGUGAGACAUUGAACUCUAUGGAAUUAUCUAAUGCAGACGAUAACCAAUUGUUAAACAAACAUGAAGAAUCUUUCGUUAUGAUAUGUCGUACUGUUCGUCAAAAUCUCAACUACGACGCUUCAUUUGCUCUUCGAAGUUUCAAUUCUGAUAUAACUUUCAGAGUGGAUUCUUCAUCUUCUCAUCCCUCGAAAAAGGAUCUUGAAGAAUAUUGUCAAUGGAUAAACGAGAGCAUAAGCAAGGAACUUAUUGGUUACGUAUCCCUUUUAAAAUUGAUGAUUCAAUAUUUUGAUCUUUUUGUGGGUACUUCAUACAAUUUAGAGAAAUUAUCGACUUUAAUUCUGGAAAAUGGUCUACAUGUUGAAUUAUAUCAAAGUGUCAAGAGAAUAAUCAAGAUAGUUCUUCAACAGAAUCGUCUGCAAGUGGCUAAAGUCAUUAUUGAAUUGUUUAUUGAAACUUUCUCUAAAACUCCUCUACAUACGAGAUUAAUAUUUCGAGAUUAUAUACUUUCUGAUAGGCCGUCAAAUAUGUCAAUAACCUCUCCAACUUUUGAUUCUUGGGAUAUUUGGCCAUUUGAUCUUAAACAAAGAGUUACUGCAAUGUGCAAUCAAUUGGUUUCCUCUGAAUUUAUGAAAGAUAAAUCAGUGGACCAUAAUGAUGAUAUAAAGCCAGAAAUAAUGGAUUCUUUAAUAUUGUCAUCAUUAGUAUCUCCCUAUUAUUUAUUGCAUAGAUUAAUCUGGGAAGUCAUCCAGCAUAAAGGACAAGGAUUGAUGAUUCAUAAAAUUUUAAAUAAGAUUAAGUCUAUAUGUUGGAUUCGUGCGACUUCCAAAUCUCCCGCUUUAUUUAUUAUGGUACUUGAAGAGAUACUGACCAAAUAUGACGAAGGUUCAGUCGCGCUAACACUCCAAGAAAAUAAAAAUUUGAUUUAUUUUAUUUCACUUUCAAUGACGGGAAAUACUAUUAAACAACCCACCAAAUUAACAUCAUCUGAAAUUGGUGAAUGGGGCAAUUCUAAUAUCCUUCUCGAUAUCAGAGAAUACAUCACUCACUGCAUUGUGCCUUAUUUGCAGAACUCUUCUAACAGUAAUCGAGAAAGUACUUUAAAGUUGUCACUGUCCACCCUGAGUGCACUAUUUCUUCCCGGUGAAUCAGCGUUGGUUUUAACUGAUCAGCAUUGGUUUUUGAAGUCAAAGCCUUUCUCUCUAUUGCACAACAUCGCACUAUUAUAUGAUCAACGCAAAAAUGGAUACAUAUCAAUUACAAGCUUUUGUCUUGUUUACACGUUACUUAAAGAAUUUAUAAGAUUAUUAACAGAAUAUAUUGAGUCUUUUCAUGAAAAUUUGGAACGUGAUGGGAAACACUUAAAUUUUGCAUUAUUACGAUGGAUACCAAAAAUUACAACAGAAAUUCGUAAAUCAAUUGCUGGCAAGAUUUUUGAUUUUUAUAAAAAAUCUUUAGAAUAUAAAUGGACCACUCAACUUUUUUUGAGACCAUUUAUCCAAAUUUAUGCAAAUAUUUUCGGAUUUAAUGUUGGACGACCAUUCAUACCUGCUUCCCUUUGUUCAUUUUGUGGAAUAUCCGAGCAAGAAUUUUCUAAGAUCGAAGAUGUCAAAGUUUUGGUAUCCGGCAAAUCUACAUUAACAAUAAUGAACCAAAUAAAUUUAUUCUUAGAAGCUUGCAAAUUGUCUAUUGAUUGGUGUCAUAAAUUUAGUAUGAUGUUGAAUGAUGCGGAAUCAGUAUCAAAACCAGAUUUACGUAGUAUAUUUCGAUCAUUUGCACCAUGUUCAUUUUGUACUGCACUUUCUGAUAGUGUUAAAGAAGAAUCCGAGAUUUUAUUGAAUGUUUUAAUAAGGAAUUUGGUCUCCCAUGGAAUUUUAUCUGGUGCUGAAUUAUUGACAAUUGAUGAGGAACAUAAAGAUAUAGAUUCACUGAUCGUUUCUGAACUAGAUAUUGAUGCAAGUGAAAAAAAAGGGGUUCACGAAGUGCCAGAAUUUAUGAUUGAAGAAGAGGAUGAUGUCAAUUAUAUUUCCAAUCAAUCUAUAAAUGACUUGAACAUUGUACAAAAUAUUAUUCAUGUCAUAAAGAAUUGCUUCAUAACAAAAACGGUCACUUUAAAUUAUUUGGUCUUGUUGUUUUAUACCAUAACACAAACACUUGAGAUUUUAUCAGAAUAUCAAAAACUCGAAGAAAAUGUAUACAUUUUUUUGUUAACCAUUGUUGAGAUGAUUGAUAAAAAGUUCACCGGCGACAUAUCUAAAGAUGAGAAAUCGUUUUCUUUAACGGAUACGAAUAAGUUAUCAACUUCGAAAUCAACUAAUAAAAAGAAACGUAAAAAGAAAAAAGGAAACCAACAAGCGAAGACGUCGGAAAUACUGGAGAAUAAGCCUCGGGAAUUUUCGGAAUGGCAGCAAAAACUUAUUUUUAAUGGAAUCAAUAAAAUUAAAAAACAAAAUGGGUGGCAAGAUACUGUAAAACGGGGUUUGAAAUUUUGA